ACUUUUUCGUUCGUCCAGUCUUGAAAUUUAGUUUUAAUCAAAAACAAACUUUCUGCAGCAGUCCAGUGCUGAUUGCUCGCCUACAUUUUUUAAAAUCGAAUAACGUCUUGAGCUGCGUGUUACGUCAUAUCUCAGCAUUCGCUGAAAGAACGCACCCGGGAACAGGAACAGGAAGUUCAAUCUUGCUAAUAUUUUAGAAUUAAGCUCGGCACAUGUUUUAUAUAGAUAUGUAUUUUCUUUUUUAAUAAAACUGGACGUGUGAAGGGCGUAUAGAAGGGUUUAGAUUCUGUUCCACAGAUGGCGGUAAUGAACACGAAAGCUGCUUGCCAACCGCCAAUAAACAACAGAAGAAGAAAAAAACCACGAAGAAGAACGCAGUCUGACAACUUUCCGUUUGAGCGGGUACAAGAUACCUCAAUCUGAUUGGGGAAGGGAAUAUUCCACCCCUGUGAAUCCGAUUAUAUAUUCAUUCGGAUUGGCACUUUUCUUUCGGAAUGAGGUGUAUACAAAGGUUUGAUUCUUUCCGUUUGAGCAAAUAACCCGAAUGGAAUUGGAAUAUUUGGGUCCAUGUAUACGUGGCUACUGACUGGCUGUAGCUUGUCAUUUUUGACAGUCGUAGUCUUUAUUUCAAAUUUGUUCUGUGUGUUCCAUCAUGGAACUGGCAGCAUUGACUCUUGAACUGCGUGUGUCAAGUACAAUGUUUCCCACCCAACAUUCAUCCUAUCCUUACAGCAGCACACUCACAGAGCACUCUGUGGAACAUGCCAGACCUCUGUUUCACCUUGCUUAAAUUUGUGGAGGCAAAACCACGCAAACAGUUACGACCAGUUAAUGGAAAUGGUAGUAGAAGAGCCCGCAUUUAUUGUUUCCAUUAUAAUCAUGCACUUGUCUUUCUCUGGGGUGAUCGUUUAUUGGUGCAGAAGGGCUUCAGUCAACAUUAGCAUGAUGGCUGUCCCUCGGGACACAUCCACACGGAGCUGUGACUUGCUCCAAUAACUGCUCCCAUACACACAAGGUCCAGAUUGUGGCUUUUAGUUCGGCCCUGUGUAAACAAUGCCUGCCCACUUCCUCGUUUUUGCUGUGAUUUGUAUGGUUCCCAAAAAAAGACAUGGAGUCAAAGGCUGUUUUGUGAUGUAAUACAGAACCAAAUUAACACAAACAGGUUGUGUUAAAAAGAUGAAAGCUGAGGAAGAGUGAUGCAACAAAUAAACACAGAGGACAUUUAGUCAUCAAGGCUGAGAGAGGAGAGUCUUCAUCAGUGAGAGAGUGCCUUGUCUCCUCCCUUCAGUGUUGUUCUACCCGUGCGGUUCUGAGCUCAGUCGUACAGCUUUCAUGUGACCACGCCGCAGCAGCAAGCUCACCUCCCUCGACACGAACCUUACAGAGUUGAGAGAGCCCCAUGCCACCUCCGCAGCCAUAGUGUCCGGCGAUGAAACGGUCCUUCUGACACCAGGCAGGAUGAGCCAGCGCCAGGUGAAGGAACGGGACAAGGAGAAGGAGAAGGAGGCAGGCCUCCAAACACCCAACCGGGAACACAUAGCCUCUCCCUCGUCACUCAGCCCUGGUGUCAGCUAUAGCCAUGGGUUCGAGAGAGGGAAGGAGGACCUUUUGUCUUUGCCUUUGAAAGAGGACUCAAUUUCCAUAUCUAAAAGCAAGUCUGAAACAAAGCUGUACAAUGGCUCUGACAAGGAUGUUUCAGCGUCUGGUGGCAAGCUCACAAAGAAGGAGUCCCUCAAGGUCCAAAAGAAGAACUACAGGGAGGAAAAGAAGAGGGCAACGAAAGAGCUGCUCAGCACAAUCACAGAUCCUUCUGUUAUCGUCAUGGCUGACUGGCUGAAGAUCCGCGGAACCUUAAAAAGCUGGACUAAGCUGUGGUGCGUGCUGAAACCGGGGGUUCUGCUCAUUUAUAAAACCCACAAGAACGGCCAGUGGGUGGGGACGGUGCUACUCAAUGCCUGUGAGCUCAUUGAAAGACCCUCCAAGAAGGAUGGCUUCUGCUUCAAGCUCUUCCAUCCUCUCGAGCAGUCCAUCUGGGCCGUCAAGGGUCCAAAAGGGGAAGCGGUGGGCUCCAUCACUCAGCCGUUACCCAGCAGCCACCUCAUCUUCCGUGCCGCGUCAGAGUCCGACGGUCGCUGCUGGAUGGACGCCCUUGAGCUGGCGCUGAAGUGUUCUGGCCUUUUAAAAAGAACUAUGAUCCGGGAGGGAAAGGAAGACACAAGCACAUUGACAUCUGGAGGAGACCAUUCCCUUAACUUUUACAGCCUCCUGCGUGCCCACAACAUGCAGUUCAACGACAGUGAUCAUUUGAAAGACCCGGAUCUAUACUCCGACAAGUCCGACAGAGAGGGCGAGCAGGACCACGAGGAGUCUGACCCGGAAGGCUUGGAGAAGAGUGAGGAGAGUGACAGUGACACAUCGGAACGGCAAGAUGAUUCGUAUAUUGACUUGGACCCCAAUGAACAUCUGCGGGAAACUUCUUACCUGGAGCAGUCACAUGAGGAACUGGGAGAGGCCGGUGAGGCAGCCCAGACUGAGACAGUGUCCGAGGAGAACAAGUCCUUGAUAUGGACUCUACUGAAGCAGGUGCGGCCCGGUAUGGAUCUGUCCAAGGUGGUGCUGCCCACGUUCAUCCUGGAGCCAAGGUCCUUCCUGGACAAACUCUCCGACUACUACUACCAUGCAGACUUCCUGUCUGAGGCUGCAGUGGAGGAGAACGCCUAUAACCGGAUGAAAAAGGUGGUGAAGUGGUACAUCUCUGGGUUUUACAAAAAGCCAAAGGGCUUGAAGAAGCCUUACAAUCCUAUUAUUGGAGAGACGUACCGCUGCAUGUGGCUCCACCAGAAGACAACCAGUAAGACCUUCUACAUUGCCGAACAGGUAUCCCAUCAUCCACCUGUGUCAGCCUUCUACGUCAGCAACAGGAAGGAUGGCUUCUGCCUCAGUGGUAGCAUCCUUGCCAAGUCCAAGUUCUACGGUAACUCCCUGUCAGCCAUAUUAGACGGCGAGGCUCGACUCACGUUUCUGAACCGAGGAGAAGACUAUGUGAUGAACAUGCCCUAUGCUCACUGUAAAGGCAUCUUAUACGGCACCAUGACAUUGGAGCUGGGGGGUCAGAUAACUAUUGGGUGUGAGAAGACAGGUUACAGUGCUCAACUGGAAUUCAAACUCAAGCCAUUUUUGGGAAGCAGUGACUGUGUCAAUCAGGUGUCCGGAAAGAUCAAGCUGGGAAAGGAAGUCUUAGCAACACUCGAGGGACACUGGGACAGUGAGAUCUUCAUCAACGACAAGAAGACAGGAACAGUGGACACCUUCUGGAACCCUACACCGGACCUCCGGCAAAGCCGUCUGACCCGCUGCACCGUCCCUCCAGAGGAGCAGGGGGAGUUUGAAUCGGAGAGACUGUGGCAGCACGUGACCCGCGCCAUCAACAACAAGGACCAGACGGAAGCCACCAACGAGAAGUUCAUCCUGGAGGAAAAUCAGAGGAAGUCUGCACGGGAAAGGAAAGCCAAAUGCGAGGAGUGGAUCCCCACUUUGUUUGAGCAGGACCCUGUCAGUGGAGAGUGGCAUUACAAAUACGCUGACACAAGACCGUGGGAUCCCCUCAACGACUUGAUCCAGUUUGAAAAAGACGGUUGCAUCCAGACCAAGGUCCGACACCGCACCCCUAUGGUACGUUCUGGCAGUCUUAUUAGUCUGAGUAACCAGGGGUCGCGGCGGGACAAUUGCAAGUGCCAGGUAACGGUGCCAAAGAGGAAACACAAAAGUGACAAGCCUAAAAGCCCAGAAAGUGGCUGUUCUUCACCAGAACUUGACCGCCAGGACUCCUCUGGAAGUGAACGACAUAAAAGUAAACACAACAGUCGUCUGCGCAAGAAAGGUGCAGACCUGAGUGAACUACAAAGUGCCAUUGAAUCCAUAAAGCAGACACAGGAGGACAUUAACAGGAGCAUGAGCCUGCUCCGGAGUCGUACCGCGAGCCGAGCAGAGGGCGCCUCUUUCCUGCAGCAGCGCGAUUAUGUCAUCAUAGUGGCCCUCAUCGUCCUGCAGGUUCUGAUUAACUACGUCUUCAAGUAGCAGCCAUAACACACGCACGCACACACAGAUUGGUCAUCACACAUUCCAAUGUGGGUUGCAGACUUUUUUCUACCCACAAAGUGAUGACGGCAUUGUCAAAUCAAGUUAACAAAAAAUAUAUUUAUUGCUCAGCAAUCCGUUCCAAAAUGCUCCACAGAUUUCAAAGCAGAGAGCACGGCCAUUUUCAAGGGAAGUGGAAAUGCUGUGUUGUUUCACAUUUCACUCCGAACCACAGGGAACACGCAAGAGCCAUGGGACUGUUCAGGCUAACACACUAUAUCGAUUUAUAUCUAUAAAUCUAUAUAUAUUUUAAUUUGUAUUUGUUCUCAGAAACACAUUGAUACGGGAGAGGAACCAAAAGUGGUCCAAGCUGUGUGAAUUGAAGCGUUUUUAUCACAUGACAAGGGUUUGCAAAACAGCAAGAAAAUAUCCAAAAUGUCAUGUUUAAAAAAAAAAAUGACAUGUACAGGUAGAAGCACAUUAGAACUUUGUACAGUAUGUUGUCUUCUGCACAAGUGCACUGGAAACGUCCAAACUGUGAUUAUUAUACUUUUUAUCAUUAUUAUUAGUAGCUUGUAAUCUACAGUGACCACUGCCCUGCAUUGUUUGCCGACCAAGGCUGAAAUUACGGUUUUAAGUGUUCUUAAGUUCAGUGAAGCUAAAAUGCCUUCCUGGCGGUAAAACAUUCCUUCCUAAAUGUAAAUUCCACAAUUCUUAUAAUUGUAAAAAGCAAUAGGAAGCUGUUGCUUGUCUUCAUUUAGCUUAGCUUACAAUGAAGGUCAGGGAAUAGAAAGCUAUUAUUCAUCUAAAAACUGCCUUUGUGGAGUUGAUAGCAAUUUAAAGUACAUAGUUAAACAUUCCUUAAUUAUGUACAUUUGCGCAUACUGUAAUACCCUUUAUUCGCUGCUGUCGUAAAUGAGCUUAUCUUAGCUUAGCUUAUAUUAGCUUAGCCUAGCUUCGCUUAACCUAGCCUAGCUAAACCCCUCUUGGUUUAAAAUCAAAGCCAGGGAAGAUGGAGACCAGCUAGCCAUUAAAAUAAUUCACUACUGGAGUUUUGUGGUGAAAUGCAGAUAUUGUUUGACAAAUUUAUGAUACAAUGAUGCCAAUUUUGACAUUGGAACAUUAAUAUUAAUAGUGGUCGUCAGCUUUAGCUUAGCUUAAUUAACCACAAGAAGUCACUCACACUUUUCACCCUGAUGGAAAAAAACUUUUAAAUAAUAAAAUACGAAAUAAAAUCAGACACAGUUUUACUUGUUUCCACUUUAAAUUUGCAAAUGAAUCUUUUAAAACUGUACCACUCUGAAGAAUACAUGUCAAAUACCUUUUAACCAUUUAGGUUUACCAAUCAUUUUUUAUUAGAAAAAAACUACACAGAAGUAUGAAAUAUUUAUUAUUAUUUUUUUUUUUUUUACAUAUUUAAAAUAUUUUAACACUUCAAAGGCCAGUAUGAUUGUAUACUGGGUUUUUUUUUUAACAGAAAACAAGCUAAAGUAAAAUCAUACAUCCUGGCAUAGUUGUUUUCGCCUGUUUUAAAUUGUAACCCCAUAUUUAUAUAGGUAAAGAAUACUGCGCCUAUGGAUCUAGUCUCACAAAUGGAUUCACUCAACAUUUUCCAGCAUGAAGAUGCUUUGACAUGCUGUUGUGUAAUUGCUGGUUUUGUAAGUUCAAUACAGUGCACACUGUACGUAUGUAAUUGUUUCUUAAAACGGGCUUAAUAACCGUGUGAGAGGGUUUAAGAGUAUCAAAAUGGGCAUUUUUUUGUGCUUUUAUGGUUUUGUUCAUGUUUUUGCUGCAUGCUUUGAAUGGGCAAACACGUUCGGCAUCUGUUGGCUGAAUACCGAAAUGUAUUUUUAAAAAAGCAAACUGAUCUUACGAGCCUAAAAUAAUUGUUUUGGUUGUCCAUGUUAGGAUCAACGUGGUAUCAAAAAAUAGCUUCUUUUAAAAGGUUUUCAGUGGGACAUUUUUUGCCGUUUUAGGCUAAUUUAAGGACCACUUGAAUUCAUCAACACAAGAAAAUAUACAUGUUAAUGUCAAUUUCAUAUCGGAAGGAUUUCGAUAUAAAGUGUGGGCAAAUUUUGCAAAAUCACCGCUUCCAGUGCUUUUGUGCCGCAGUGCAACCGAGAAUAGACAUUUGAAUCGUAGCGAAAUUCGAGAUCAAGCUUUUUACUGGUACCAACAAUCACUUUAGUAUACAAAGCUUCCGUAAGUAGCAGUGUGUAGAUUGUUAGUUCCUGUGUCACGGUGUAAAUAAUAAUAAUAAUAAUAAUAAUAACAAUAGCAGGACUUUUUACACCCCUUGUGUCCAAAUUAGGUGGAGGGAUAUUAUUAAUGAUGUGACUCGGCCAAUGAAAUGUAUCCACUCUUUUUAUCCAAUGACAUUAUAACGUAAGCCUUGUCGACGUUUACAUAUCCUGUUGCCUCCGCCGUCAGCAGACUGUUACGCCAUGAAAAGCAAGACUGGUAGCAGCAGCAUCAUCGUCGUCAUCCCCCAGGGUGUUAACCCCAGCCGACCCGUGUGUGUAUGUGUGUAUGUUUGUGUGUGUCGCAUCUUGUGUGUCCUCAUUGCCUCGUUCAUGUCAUGAAAAGGACAUCCAGUUGUUAGAAUGUGGGGAAAUAAAAGUGCCUUUUACAGUUUAGAGGGGGAUGAAGAAGGUAAAGUACUGUUUUGUUUUUGGGUUUUUUUUGGAGGGGGCGGGGUGGUUAGUGGUUUUUAGAGCGGACGUGCCAUACCAAGCCUUAGAAACAAGCCUGACUCUGCGUGAGGCCUCCCCGCCCCCCUCCUUACGUGAAGGUGUCGCCAUAGUAACGCACUCACAGGUGUCCGGAUCAUUGUCUCCCAUCCAUCACAUUUUAUUUAUUCUUUUCUAUGUUUUGUCUCACUUUUUACACUAAGUACCACCUCCAAAAUAUACCAGCGUUUUUGCUACCUCUGCUUACCAUCACAGCUGAGCGUUGUGGCUCGCAGGUAAUUUGGCUUGUGGCUCAAUUUCAGCAAAUCUUUGCUUAACAAAUGUGAAUUGUACAAUAAUUUCAUUUGUACAAUCAUUUCAUAUGUACUGUAUAUGUCUGUAAUUGUACUAAAUUCUGAGUACCACUAGAUGGAGCCCGCGUGCCGCCAGUGGUAGUUGUACCACAGUUUGGGGAUCAAUGUUACUUGGUUUUAUUAAUUUAUUUGAAAGUGCGCCUCAGAAACUGCCCUCUAAAUUGUGUAAAGUCAACCCUAUCCAUGUACACCCACAUACACGCAACCCUGUGUACCUUAAAAUGUAUUAACUGUAUCCUCAAGGCAACGGUGACAUGUUGACGUUUAUGGUCAUGUGUGAAAUACCCACAUAAUAAAAAAAACUAAUAACA